AUGGCUCUUGCGGUUCUACGUUACUCUGGUCACUCUGGCUUCUCAUCAAGGAUUACCCUCGCCAGGUCUGCCAUUAUCACUCCCCUUCGUUUUUCACAACACCGUUCAAUUUCCCUUUCCUCCUAUCUGGUCACCCCGCAGGAGCUCAAUGAUGCCCUGAAAAUAAAUGUGAGAACUAAAAUUUCCACCUCGCCGCGAGUCAUCCCACUCUGUGCUACCUGGUUUAUGCCAAACGAUCCCACAAAGCGGACGGGCAUUGAGGCUUUCAAAAAGUGUCGCAUCCCACAGGCUCGAUUCUUUGACCUUGACGAAGUGAAGGACCAUGAUUCUCCAUAUCCACACAUGCUGCCUACUAGGGAGGGCUUCAAGGAAGCUAUGCAGUCUCUGGGCAUCCGCAGAGAUGAUGAGCUUGUGGUUUACGACUCAGAGGAGCUUGGACUCUUCAGUGCACCACGAGUGGGCUGGACAUUGAGGGUUUUCGGUCACAACAACGUCCAUGUGCUCAACAAUUUCAAAGUAUGGGUUCAGGAAGGUUAUCCAACUGAGUCUGGACAUGUCGUCCCCGAGGAGAGAUCCAACUACGAGGUGGGCGAUUUCGCUCCGGAAAUGGUUGCUCACUUCGCUGAGAUGAAGGAGAUUGCCCAGGCUUAUGGCAAGGGGGGUUCAGAGGGUAUUCAAAUUCUUGAUGCGAGACCCGAGGGCAGAUUCACAGGCAGAGACAAAGAGCCUCGUCCAGGGCUUCCCUCCGGCCAUAUGCCUGGCUCUACAAGUCUACCGUUCUCCGAGCUGCUUGACCCUGUUACCAAAACAUUGCUUCCCGCACCAGAGCUGCGUAAGAUAUUUGAAGUCAAGGGAAUUAAUCUGAAGGAACCAUCCAUCAGCUGUUGUGGAACUGGGGUUACCUCUGCUAUCAUCGACCUUGCGUUGAAAGAAGCGGCCGAGGGGUCACCUGGAGAUAGACGGAUAUACGAUGGAAGCUGGACAGAAUGGGCUCUAAGAGUGAAAGAGAAUAGUGGGCUGAUUCAAAAGGGAUAG